AUGUUUUCAACCGUUUUACUUAAAGAAUUAGAAUUUCUAAAUAUUGAUAGUGUACCAUUUUUUGUUAUGCAACAAAACGUAAUUAUUAAUGAAACAUUACAUUCCUAUUGUAAAGAGCAAUCACAAUAUGAUGAAAACCCAAUUUUUAUCGACUUAACACGAUGGUCAUCUGGAAUCAUAUAUUCAACUAAUCCAUUUAAACAAUCCGGUAUGUAUGUUUUCUUUUUAGUCAAAUAUUCAUUAUGAUAAUGUGUA